ACCGUAUCUACAGAAUAUUUUAUGUUCUUAGUCUCAGUCACUGAUUUGCUACCGUACCGUGUGCUACGCUAAAAAUACGAUGACCAACAACUGUACCGGAAGCUUUUUAUCAUAAUAUUACAUACUGGAAAUUGGAGUGUUACAAGUGCAAAAGUAAAAAAAAACUUAACUCAAAGGAUAAGACAAAAUGGAACAAUUCGACCAACUGCUGACAUGCGCAAUAUGUUUGGACAGGUACAGAAAUCCAAAAUUACUACCAUGCCAGCAUUCGUUUUGUAUGGAACCAUGUAUGGACGGUUUAGUGGACUAUGUCCGGAGACAAGUAAAAUGCCCGGAAUGUCGAGCAGAACAUCGAAUACCAUACAACGGUGUUCAAGGCUAUCCAACAAAUGUAACUUUACAGCGUUUCUUAGAACUACAUAUAGAAAUUACUGGAGAGUUACCAGAUCCAACAAGUGGACAAAUAAUGAAACGAUGUGGUGUGUGUUCAGAAAAAGCAUACGUGACACCAUGCGUUCAUUGCGAAAAAGAUGUAUGUUCAGACUGCAAAGGCGCUCAUAUGGAUAUUUUAAGAAGAGAAAUAGCCCGAAUUAAUAACCAGGUUAGGCGGGCGUUACAUAGGUUAUCAGAUAUGCUUGCUGGUGUAGAAAAGAAUAUGUUGACAUUGCAACAAAAUUGCACUUCGGUAACUGAAGAAGUAGAUGAAAUUUAUCGCAGAUUGGCCAAGGCCUUAAAAGAUCGUACUGACCAUCUUAGAGGAGAAAUCGAUCGAUACUUAUCAACGGAAUUAAAAAAUUUAUGCAAUCUUAAAGAGAAUUUAGAUAUUGAAAUAUCAAAUAUACAAAGUAAUUGUGAUUUAGCGGAUAAACAUAUGCAAUCAGAUGAUGUAGAAUGGGAAGACAGUGAGCUUAUGGAUGCCAAAGAAAUAUUUUUAAAAACUGUAGAAUUUAUUAGAAAUUUUGAAACAGAAAUUGGCGAUUACAGCAGAAGAGCGAAAUUUUUAAUGGCUCACGACCCAAAUCAAUUGGUUAUGCAUGUUGCCAGUUAUGGCGAGCUUACUAUUCAUGCCCCACACCAAGCAUUUAAUGCCAGUUCAAAUUCUCUUCAGGCUCCAAGUCCAGGCCUUAUGCGAUCUAAAAGUGAUCAUAGACUUGCUUCACAAUACCGACAGGAUGAGAGAAAUGCAUACGAAACAGGUGGUGAAAUUGGUGGAAGAGUCUCACCAUUAGGUGGUAGGAAAUUCGGUGAAAGAUAUCCAAGUCGGUAUACACGUGGAGAUAGAAAUGAUUACGAUGCAGACACGACGCACGAUAACGAAAAUAGAAGUUCAGCUAGAUCUAGGAUUAGAUCUAGAUUAGGAAGACAUGGCUUGAAUGAAAAUACAGACUCUGAUACGGAUUCAAGAUCAGUGCGUUUCUCUGAAACAAAUAAUACUGUGCACCGUGAACGAGAACGUGUUUUAGACACCGAGGACGUAGCUAAAGGUCCCUUAAGUGGUAUCACUAGAUUAUAUGAUUCUCCUAGAGUAAUGAAAAGGCUGUUAGAAAGUGAGAACAAAGAUAAAAAAGCUGAAGUUGUACCUAAGCCCCAACCACAACCAGCAGUUCAGCAGCCAAAAAAAAUUACUCCUCAACCAACACCACAGAGACAACUAAGCGAAGACGAUGAAAUAGCAAGGAUAAAACGACAAAACAAAACUGCGUCUACAUCGUCUGAUACAGAACGAAGAGAUAGAGUCGGUUCAAUUAAGAGAGAUGACUCGAGAGAUUCCAAUAGAUCAACAUCUAAUACACCAGCAGAAAGCACUCGAAAGACAUCUGUACCUGAACCAAUACCGACGGAUACCCAAGAAUCGUCUGAAAGUGAGUCUGAAGAGGAUUCAGUUGAAGUAGUUGAGCCGAGAAAACCUACACCCGCCAGAACUACAUUUACUCCAUCCACGUCAGCUGCAACGGCAGAUUCGAGACGAUCUUCCACUGCAUCCGAUAACUUAGGAUCAAAAGGAAGUGCUAGACUCAAAUCGACUAGAUCAGACAGUAUUGAAAGUACGUGUUCCUCAGAAACUCCCGGGACGCCGGUACGAAGAAACGCCGGAAGUACUUACGCAUCUGAAGACGUGAAACAAUCGCCAGUUAGUUCGAGCUCUGGAAGUACAACUCCACGAGCUAGAUUUUCUUCAGUUUCUUCAAAAAGAGAUUCAGCAACACCAACAAACUCUCGAAGUUACAAUGUUACGGGUAACAGUGAAAGUACUUCAAAAAAAGAAGAAAUCGAAGAUGAAGAAGAAGAAGAAGAAGAAACGGAAACUUCGUCCGAAUCAUCUGAAACUGAUACAGACGAAGAUUCCGAGGAUGCUAAACCAAAAACCCCUGUACCAAAAGCUAUGGAAAAAACGGAUAUUGGUCCAUUGUUGGCUAGAAGUGCUCAAGCUAGAGAUAAUGGUAGCAGCAGUAACAGUAGCUCAAGGAGAGCUAGCCAAGAUGAAUCUUAUACUAGAUCACGAUACGGAACCAGUGGCUACAAAUCACCGUCGUAUCAGAGCCCCAGAGAAGCCGAUACGUCAGCGAGUGGUAGUAAGUACCUGAACAAUUCUCGAACCGAACCUGCCCCGCGGUUCACUAGCAGAUUCCUAAAAACUAAAAGUAUCCAAGAAGAAAAUCCUACCAAACCAAGUUACAACAGUGACAACAAAUACACAUCAGACAAGGGCGGGUUAUUACGGAGUAGAACCAGCGCUAACCUAGAAGAAGACCUUCCGGAUGACACUAACACAUCUGCAUACUCGCCAUAUUCUAAAAAUCAUUAUGGUUCGGAAUUGUCCAGAAGUCGAUCCAGUCAUGCUUUAAAAUCUCGGGAAACCUCACCCGAUAGGCCUGUAACAAAUGCUUCAGCAGGAACAGGAGAAAAAGACGGUGCGGCUUUAAGCUCAUGGGCUAGGUAUCUGAAAAACAAAUAUGGAAACCGCAGCAAAGAAAAUGCAGCCAAAGAUAACGCCGCGGCUGCCAGUUCAGCGUCAAGCUCGUCUUCUCGGCGACUUUCGCUAGGAUUACCACUACGUUCCAAUUCCACUCACGUUGACAGUUCAGAUGACGACCAAAAAAACAUGCAAAGCUCCCCCACCUCCCAUACAAUUAUCGAAGCAGGUAUGCAGGGCGUAGGUUCUACCCCUAGAGUUCAGUACCUACAAAAGCGACAGUUGUUGUUUAAGAUCGGUGGUAGGGGGAGCGAGCCCGGAUAUUUUACAUGGCCCAGAGGCGUCGCCGUUGGUCCAGACAACCUAAUUGUUGUAGCCGAUUCAUCGAACCACAGAAUCCAAGUAUUUGAUAACAGCGGGAAAAUAUUAAAAGACUUUGGGUCCUAUGGAAAUAGUGAAGGCGAAUUCGAUUGUUUGGCCGGAGUAGCCGUCAAUCGUAUUGGCCAAUAUAUCAUUGCAGAUCGGUACAACCAUAGAAUACAAGUGUUAGACCCGUCCGGAAGAUUUCUAAGGUCGUUUGGAAGUCAAGGUUCUAGUGACGGUCGUUUCAAUUAUCCUUGGGGAAUUACUACCGAUGCCCUUGGGUUCAUAUACGUUUGCGACAAAGAAAAUCACAGAAUCCAGGUGUUCCAGUCAGACGGAACAUUUGUAGGUAAAUUUGGAUCGAACGGGAAUAAAAUCGGACAACUGGAACAUCCACAUUACAUAGCGGUAUCGAAUACAAACAGAGUAAUCGUUUCUGACUGCAACAACCAUCGUAUUCAGAUUUUUGAUGUUAACGGAAGAGUGAUCAGUUCAUUUGGCACAGAAGGAUCAGAAAAUGGCCAAUUUAAAUUCCCCAAAGGUGUAGCUGUGGACGACCAAGGAUACAUACUGGUAGCAGACUCCGGUAACAAUCGCAUACAAAUUUUUCAUCCUGACUCAACGUUCCUGAGGGCUUUCGGUUGCUGGGGAUCUGGUGAUGGGGAGUUCAAAGGACUUGAAGGCAUCGCUGUUAUGUCCAAUGGAAAUAUAUUAGUCUGUGACCGAGAGAAUCAUAGGGUUCAAGUUUUCUAAUUUCACGCGUUACUGACUUCAUAGUAAAAGUAGUGCGAAUCAUGUAUAUACUUAUAGUAUUGACAUUAGAUCAUAACUUCUUCAUAUGGCUUUAAAAAUUAAUAUUUGAAGGAUUUUAAUGUUUUUUUUUUUUUUUUAUUUUAUUAUAUACACAUUACACAUAUUAUAUAUAUCAAAAUAAAUUGUUACAAUAUAAUAAUAUCAUAACUUUCAAAAUUGUGAAUUAAUUAUUUUAUGAAUAAUAAUAUUCAAAUUUAAAAGGGUAACAUUCAAAAUCCAAACAUAUCCAAUGGAUAUGAAACGUGAAUUAUAUUUGUUACAAAUAUGUAUGCCAAAUAAUAUAUCGACCAAUUAACAAAAUUA